AUGUGUCAAAAUUCAUGGGAAAUAUAUCUUGCUGGAGUAGACACAAGCGCCAUCACCAUAAUUUGGGCAAUGGCAGAGCUUAUUACAAACCCGCGAGUGAUGAAGAAAACUCAAGACGAGAUCCGAACUUGCAUUGGAAUCAAACAAAAUGGGAGAAUCGAGGAAGAAGAUACCCAUAAGCUUCAUUACUUGAAACUUGUGAUCAAAGAAACCUUAAGACUACAUCCAGCAGCUCCUCUUUUACUUCCAAGAGAAACAAUGGCUGAUAUAAAGAUUCAAGGCUACGACAUUCCUUGCAAAACCCUUCUUUUGAUCAACGCAUGGUCAAUAGGACGAAACCCUAAACUCUGGAGAAACCCUGAGGAGUUUAAUCCGGACAGGUUUAUAGAUUGUCCUAUUGACUACAAAGGAAAUAACUUUGAGAUGUUACCAUUUGGUUCUGGUCGGAAGAUAUGUCCAGGGAUGGCUUUUGGGAUUGCGACCAUCGAAUUGACAUUACUGAACUUGCUCUACUUCUUUGAUUGGAGAUUGCCUGGGGAAAGUAAAGAUAUAGAUAUGGAAGAAGCUGGUGAUACCACCAUUGUUAAGAAAGUUCCUCUUGAGCUGAUCCCAGUUCCUUAUCAUUGA